GGGGACAUGUCGGUGGCGACGGGCAGCAGUGAGGCGGCCGGCGGGGCCGGCGGCGGUGGCGGCGGCGGCGCGCGGGUUUUCUUCCAGAGCCCCCGGGGCGGCGCCGGCGGCAGCCCGAGCUCGAGCAGCGGUUCGGGCUCCUCCCGGGAGGACUCGGCGCCCGUGGCCACGGCGUCCGCUGCCGGGCACGUUCAGCCGCAGCCGCGGCGCCACCAGCAGGGAAAAGUGACAGUAAAAUACGAUCGCAAGGAGCUUCGGAAGCGGCUCGUGCUGGAGGAAUGGAUCGUGGAGCAGCUGGGACAGCUUUACGGCUGCGAGGAAGAAGAAAUGCCAGAUGUGGAAAUUGACAUUGAUGAUCUUCUUGAUGCAGACAGUGAGGAAGAGAGAGCUUCAAAAUUACGGGAAGCUCUCGUAGACUGCUACAAACCAACAGAGGAAUUUAUCAAGGAGCUGCUCUCCCGGAUAAGAGGCAUGAGGAGACUGAGCCCCCCACAGAAGAAGACUGUAUAA